AAAAAAAUUAUAUUGCCGUGAUGACGUCAUUGCUUGGAACGAGCUGUACCUGGCGUGUCGAACGAAGCGAAGGCCAAAACCGCGUCUCGAUUUUUGUAAUAUUGGUGGAAAAUGCCCGUUUAAAAUGAUGAAAUUCAGAUCAGCAAAAGGCUGAAGGAAAUUUACUUUAAGGAAUCUGCUCUCGACUCUCGUCUGUGAACAUCUUUCAAGCAAGUCUGAUCUGUGAGCGGAGAAAUGAAGCAUUUCACAGCAGCUACUAUAUUCAAACAUUCAUGGGACCAAGUCUCCUCUGCUUUCUGGCAGAAAUAUCCAGGACCAUACAGUAAACAUGUGCUCUCUGAAGAUGUAGUAUCUCGCUACAUUAGCCCAGACUGUAAGCUGCACAGCACUCGUUUACUCACCAAGACCAACCGAAUGCCUAAGUGGGGCGGCUUUCUCUUUGGAGGAAACUCAAGAUUUGUUUCUAUCGUUGAGGAGAGCGUUGUGGAUCCCGAGAAGAAGACAAUGACCACAUACACAAGGAAUAUAGGCUACCAGAAUUUCAUGGUCCUUGAGGAGAAGUGUGUAUUCUCGCAAUCAGAAGAGAACAAAGAUUGGACACAGCUAGAGAGACAUGUGUGGGUCAACUCCAGUCUCUACGGCUUCUCCAGAGCCCUGAUGGCUUUCGGUGUAGAGCGCUAUAAAGCCAACCUGACCAAGUCUAACAAGGGCAUCCAGUACAUCGUAGACAAGCUGUUUGUGCCUGAGAAAGUACCUGAUACUCUACCUCAUGAGGUUUCCAAACUCAGAGACAAUGCCAAAGCUAAAGCUCAGAACAUGGCUGCCAGAGCUGGAGGAAUGGUCCAGUAGUCGUGUCUUAGCCUUAAAGAACUUGGUCCAGCAGUCGUGUCUUAGCCUGAAAGAACUUGGGAAUUUGGGACCCUGUAUCAUGAAAAUCAUCUUGAAAAGAAAAGAAAAAAAGAACUCUAUCUCAAUUUCAUCAGGAUGGUUUGAGAAUACAAAAUGAGAUCUAUGAUACAUCUAAAUAUUGCACCCCUGCUGCGCAGGUAAAGUAUUUUUGGAUGCAUCGUAGAACUCACUUUUAAGGGAUCUCCAUACAUGCUACAGUUGAUUGUAUCUUUCUGUCACAAAUACUUGAUCGUAAGUUGUUAAUUGCAAAGAUACGACUGAUUGAAGGAGAUGCCGUUUAGGGUUGACACAAUCGAUGGCAAUCCUUUAUGUUACAGGGCAAUGAUGAGAUAUCUACCUGUGACAAUGAUGACUAUGGUCCUUUCAUUGAUAUGCAUGUACAUCUGCACAAGUCAAUGCAAUCAGAUGAUUAUGUAUGAUAUGUAUGGUAAAGACAAGACUGCUUUCUUGUAAAGCUCACCACAUAUUGCACGAUCUGACUGCAAUCCGUUAUUGGGUGCAAUUGCAAUAUCUCUAGAAAUGACAACUUACGCAUGUAAAAACCUUUCUAAUUGAGGUUCAUAAUUAAGAUUCCAGUAAUGCCAUUUCUAUAAAUUUCAUAUUGCAGAUGGAUUGUAUAGUGUGUGGUGGGCAUACAUAGAUGUCAUUGAGUAAACAUUCCACAAUCGCUACAAAAACGAUGAUCAUGGAUGAUAGCGGGUUGUGUCUCAACAUAGUUUAUAACAUUUGUUUCAUUAAACUGCAAUAUGACAAUUGGAAAUCAUUACAUGUUUGAGGGCUUUAUGAACAAAGUGAAUAUAUAUUGCAGCUUUUUAGUGAUGCCUGAUCCACCAGUGGUGAUGCGAGAUGUUACAUGUACAUGUAUGCUGGGCUGCACAGUGACGUUUCCCUGCAGUUGUACUUGAACCUGGGGUUCAGUGCUUAGUAUAUAUGGGUACUAUGUACACAGUACCACCCACUAGUUUGAGCCAUUAAAUCAUAAAACGUGUU